CCAGCCACUCUCUAUCUUCAUGUGUGAAAUUUGGCGCCAACUCAUGACGUGCCUCGAUCGAGAUCAGCGCUCUUAGCCAUCCAUGUCUUAGCACGACAACCGGUUCCACACGGAACGAAGGGGAGCAAGCUGACAAGAGAGUGGAGGCAGCAGAUCGUGCGGAAGAGACGCUCCUGGACGCAGCUCGUCGGGGUUGAAACUGGCGAACCAAUUACAUUCCGACUGACGGGAUGUAACGCAUUCCCCAAGCCAACCAGGGGGAUCUUUAGGGGCUCCAAGGCCAAUGGGACAACCGAAGAAUAAAAGGCCAGGCAACCAAGCAAGAGAUGUGACGGUGAUACUGGGAGGCCGUACGUGGUCCGUAGAAUACGAGGGCACAUUACAAACACCCUGGUGUUAAAGCCCAUGAAGGCCGCUCAAGCAUGAAGGGGGAUUGCCAUGAAUCAGGGAGGAUUUUCCAAGGGAAUAAAAUGCCCUGACAUUCAGGACUUAUUGGCCAGUUUCUGAUCACAACCUGUUGUAGAAUGAAGUCCACACUGUCCUUAUCCUACAAGUCUUGGUUAGCGCUUCGAAAUCCACAAGUCCUGGUUCUUCUGGCCUUUGCGGUCUUGACGAUCGUCUCACACAGCGCAACAGCCGCCUCCAUUCACGAGUCAAAACGACAGAAACUCAUUCCGUUUCCGAGAGUAGGCAAACGACAGGGUCUGAUUCCCUUCCCUAGAACGGGAAAACGUUCCUUGGAAAUGGGCCCGUAUAGCGUCAAUGGCUUCUCGUCGGAUUUUGGUGGCCAAGCUGAGGAUUUGCUGAUCCCAUCCAUUUUGCAACGAUUGGCCAACCGCAAGACGAUGUCAUCUUCUCACGAGGAUGACUCGGACUUAACUGCCUCCGUUGCUCCGCAUUCCACGGAGUUGUACUACAAUACCGAUUUCGAACGAGCCAAUGAGAUGCAUAAAAUGAAAGAAAAUGAGGAAUCUCUUGCACUCGCCUACUUGUACCCGGCUCUCAAAUCCAUGGUUCAACGCGUCUUGGAGGAUGAAGACUUUACCAAGCGAACUUACUAAAUUCAUAAUCCCCAUUCUUGAAGGUUCCUAUAACCUUUUCCCACUCCGUUUUCUCCUUUAUGAUUUGUGUACUGUACUUAUUGAGCUUUUUGUCCGCAUUUCGAACACUUGAAAGUGAAAGGUUGGCGUUGAUCACUGAAUAUGGUUGGAACUGCAACUUAAUAUCCUGCAUCAAAUCCCGACAGCAAAAACAAAUAGAGGAGGAAUUUUUGCUGUCUUGGGAAUUUGAAGCUCCUGUGUUUGUUUAUUUGGCUGAUUCAUUUCGAUUUCCAAGAUGUAUUAUUAAUUGAUACUCUUGUGAGGCAAAAAAGAACUAGCGAUGAUACAUAAAGUGGUGCAAUAUCAGAUGAAAUGCAAGUACAUACUUCAAGCGUGAUCGGCCCCACUAAGCAAUUGGUUCGAUGACACUGAAAAAUGAUACCCAAUAAUAAUGCAGAUCAUGUCAAUAAAUCGGAUUCAAAUCUGUUCCAAAAUAUGAGGAAAA